GACCCUCCCUCCCCAGUCGUCUGCUUUUGCUUGCCUCUCGGCGCUCGUCCUUCCUGGAUCUCCUGCUACACUCCGGCGCUUCCUGCCCCGCCCGCUGUUUCCCAAUGCCGAAGAGAAAGAAAACCGCGACGGAAGUCUUUGAUGAAGCGGAGGAGAAUGGCUGGCAGCCGAUCGCGGACGCCGACGUGAAUGGCGAUCGGGUCAGCAAACCCAUUGAACCUGGGACUGAGCUGAACUACGACCGAAUGACCGACCUCUGGGACGAGUAUGCAAGGCGAAAUCCUGGCGUGAGCCCCUACGAUUUACGGUCCGCGAAGCAUUUUAUGGACGGUAUUGUGAAGAAUGGUCAGAGUCUGAGCUACGUGAAGCAAAAGUGGACCGACUUUGGCGCCGCUUGGAAGCGACGACCUGAUAACCGAAAAAUCCCCCACGAGGUGUCGGAGUCGGUGUACUAUGUUCGUCUCCUGUCUCUUUCAUCCUACUUCGCUUCCGUCGGCGAAGCUGAGAGUUCGUAUUAGUACAUCGAAAAGGAGUUGAAGAAAAAGCACAACCUCUCAACCGAGCGACGGCAGCCACAUUUUAUGACGGUGCCCCAUUUUAUCGUUCUGAUUAAACAUGAGUGGCAAAAGGAUUGGCACCAGUACACCCAUCCCAGAAGCCUGGUUCAGAACCACGCGGCUUGUACCCUCUUCGUUUACACGCCGUCGAGGGUGGGAGAGAUCUUCGAAUCCAACAUGCGCCGCGGCUCCGGACGAGGGUUACUAUAUAAGGAUAUCGUCUUCGUCGUCUUCAAGAAUGAGAAAGGAGAGGCGGAGCUCGCCGUGCGGGCCACGCGCGACGCGAAAGGCUUCACCAAUAAGCCACACAAAAGGCCACAGCACGGAAUGUACGAGGACAUGCAGCCGCUGUACGCGAACCCGGUCCUGCCGCUGCUGGCCAUCGCCCUCGCCGAUGGCGCCUUCCAAGAUUACCUCACCUUCGAGGAGAUCGAGGCGAUCCUGCCCCCGGCCGAUGGGUCCUUACACCAUCUUCGAAUUCGGAAAGAGCUGCACCGGGUGCCCUUUUUCCGGACCAUGUCCCCCGAGGGCCCGACCGGAAAGAUUCAACCGGCAGUGUCCUUCAGCAGUGGGCUGGUCGGCUUGGGCCAUCGAGCGGGGUAUGAAGAAAAUAUCCGGGUCCACGAUUUUAGGAGGGAGGUCCUGGUCAAGGCCGACGACAACGGCUACUCGACCGCCGAGAGGAUGAAGUUUGCCGGCCACGAAAAUUCCGACACCUUCUUCGGGUCGUACAUGCCUCAGAUAAGCACCGUCGACGGGCAAUCCAGCUACUGGGGGAAAGCGCGCCGCACCGUCUACCUCGAGGGCUUCCGCGGCCUCUCGCUGCAGCACCACCCGCAAAUGCUGCAAUCGCUGCCGGCGAAAGUGGAGGCGAAUCUGCAAGCGCGCGCCGAUUCUAUCGCGCUCAACGAGGAGAUCGAGUCCCUGGGAGAAAGAAUGCGGCGCCUUCCGGUCGAGCACGACGGUCAGCGAGAACGGACCCGCCGGGAGGAGCUGUACUGGCAGAAGCGCCAGAUGGUAUCGGAAGAACUCAGCAGGUGGCAAGAGAUCCAACCCCGGAAGGUCAACCAGGACACCGAAACCGAGGCCUCGCCCGUCGCAUCGCUACCCAGCUUCUUCGGCCGUGUCCGGCGGCUGGAUCCGCCUCGCGACCGUCUGGCCUCCUCUCUUUUCCUCGACGUUCCUCUCCGGAGCCCUGAGGGGCGGGCGGCUCUCCAGGAUAUGAUCACCCUGUGUCAAGAGAACCCUAAGGUGGCCUACCGCCCGAGUCUGCGUCCAGAGAAUGGCCGUUGCCCCGUAUCGACGUGCGCGGUAGAGAUGGGAAGCAUCCGCCUCGCGGCUCGAUGGGAUCACAUUUACCGGUGCCAUAAAGCCAGUCUCGCGGCGAAACACGGCUUUGCCGAGCUGUGCUUCCACUGUGACCGGUGGAUCACCGGCAAGCAGGGCUGGUGUGAGCACUGCCGGCGCCACUUGAACGACCUCGAGUCACUCCCCGUCCAGUGGAAUCCCCUGACCUUCCGCCAGACCUUGGCCGCGGCUGGCUAUUGCCCCUUCUGCUUGUUCAACCCGCUGCUUACACCCGAAGAGCGGUUCCGUCAGUACCCUAAAAAGCUGCCCUGGCAGCAGCACCUGGACAGGCAUUUUGAAGGGCUCGAGGGGAAAGACGAGCUCGGGAAGGAGGACGGGCUCGCUCUUGCGUCGGGUGGGUCGAACGAGAUCAAGGCGAUGUCGUGUCCUGACCCGCGAUGCGGUCUCUCCUUCAACGCCAUCGUGGAUCUCCAAUAUCACGCUCAGGACACCCACUGCUACAAGCGGACCAAGGUCAGCGCAAGCAAGCGACAUUGCCGUACAGGUCGAUCGUAUUUGAAACACGAAGGUAGCUCCAUCGCCUUCCCUGCCCUCCCAAAGAGAGACUGCUACGACACUCUGCCUUCCUCAGUCGACUGGUGCCCGAGAGAGGAAGCGGCUCCCGUCGACCUGCUGCAAUCCAGCGGCAGCCCACACUCAGACCUGUCGAUUGACCCACGCCUUUCCGAUCUGGGGCUGACGCAUUUCGCCUCGGCGAUGCUCCUGGGGACUUCCUGCCCCUCCUCCGAAAGCACGCAUAGUUCGAGCGGUAACAGCCCGUCGGAAGCGGAGCCUCGCGGGCCAGACGCGGUGGAAGCGCCAUGGCCCGUUGAGCAGGAGAUCUUGCCGAGCUGGCCGGCCACGUAUGCGACGGUCCCAACCCCCUUGUCGGCCGGUUCCCAGCAAAGGACUCGUAUCACGGUCAGCCAGAGGGCAGACGUUGCCAUGAUGCAAACACCCCUAGAGACUCGCUCCGCAAUAAGCCAGUGGCUAGACCGCAGGGCCAGAAAUCUUCCCCCCAUUGGAGCAAACACAGACGACGACCGCACAGCCGAGGAUGCUCUGGCGUUCACCGGCGAUGGCGAUAAAUCUACCGACCUCGGUUCUGAUUUAUUCCCAUCCCAUUGCACAACCCCCCAUGACGCGAUCGGCUCCCUCGAGCCAGGAGAUGUCGAUGUCGAUGUCGACGCCAUUUUCAAUCAGUAUUUAUGUUCGCCUUCACCCUCGCCUCCGCCCGCCCCUUCACCGGACGACGUGGUCAGCGAAUUGAGCGGAGCAACGUUGUUCGAUGCCGGACGUGAUCCGUCCCGUGGCUACCCGGAGUUAUAUACGAAGCCAUCGAAGAGCUCGGCUCCAGAAAUUUCGCCAGAGAGUGAGAUAGCUCGAGAUCGAGACGACCCUUGCCACUCGGCGAAUCGAACUUGCAUCCAUCUGCGAGUCGGCCAGCCUAAAAUUACACUUCGCCUUCGACUCCAGGGCAGAUACCAAUCCAGAAAGAAGAAGGGUAGGGGGCGAUCAGGGAAAGUGGGGCAAUCCAGGAACUGAGAGAGAAAGGGAGAAAGGGAAGGGAGGCAGAUGCGUCAGAUCUGUUGAACGAGGCGGCCUAAUUCUAGACCUGAAUAGGCAACGUCUUUAACGUCCUCCCCAUUACCCAUACCUGUACGGAGUACAUUGGGAUGACAGCUUCAUCGCCGCUUAAUGUACCACGGGAUGCAGAGAAGCCAAGGCGACUGUUCACGCUAUUAUCGCAGAAGCAUCUAAAGUGGAAUCACCGGUUACGCAUCAGACCUCCACCGUACCGUAACGACGUGAAAUUUAAAAGCUAUGGCUUGCAUUUGAGCGUCCACGAGUCCAAUUACCUACCCUCAUCAUGCGCCCACGAAAUCCCCAACUGAGUUCUGCCACACGCUGUCCUCACUAUAAUUGCGAUGACCAGCUACCUCCGCCCCCGCUCAGCCGGCAAGAGUGAUGUUUCAUGGCGAGUAAGAUCAUUCGGUGUCAGUGUGGUAAGGUAUCUCGCACCCGGACAGCUUAGCAAUCAAAGAAAAUCUUGGGAGACUCCUGGAACACCAAGGACGCCAUGCCGAUGCCGAGCUUCCAUACAGGGAGGUCAUGGCCGUAUGGGAAUCACUCGGAAGCACCAAUCAUCUCAGUUGGCUAAAUGUCAUCGCCGGGUUGUCUUCAGUCUUGGGCAAUCAAGGCGUGUAUGAAGAGGCUGAGAAACUGCAAGGACAGGUCUUCGAAUUAUCAACAAAGAUCUUUGGGCCCCAACACCCGUUUGUGAGUGCCGGGAAAUCUCUUUCGUCCAUUCGGGAGAGACUCCCAGCCGGCCCUACCGAACUUUGCGGAAUUUAUCAUCGGGGAGAGUGGCAAUGACAUUACUGGAAAUAAUGAAUAGGCAUUGGAGUGGUGUCUACAAUUAUGCAAGCA